UUAGACUGAUAUCCCACAAUGCACUGAUCUGUCACUCGCAUGUGUAAAUAUAGCGGAACAGUUCCAAGUUUGGAAACUUUUUCUGAUGCAUGCAGCCAUUUGCAUGAUGAUCUCUCAAUUUAAAACAGAAAACAGUCUCCAAACGACGAUUAUUUAUUGUUAAAAAAUCGGUAUUGACCCGUGGUGUGGUUCUCGUGGGCGCAAAGUUGAAGAGGAAGUGAAGUUUUUCAAUGAAUCAAAUCCAAGAUGGCUUCCACUAACGUUAGUUUGGACGACAUAGACUUGUCGAGUUUGAGGGACCCAGCAGGAAUAUUUGAUCUGAUUGAAGUUGUUGGAAAUGGAACUUAUGGCCAAGUAUACAAGGGGAGGCACACAAAGACGGGACAGCUGGCAGCCAUUAAAGUGAUGAAUGUCACCGAGGAUGAAGAAGAGGAAAUUAAACUAGAAAUAAAUGUCCUCAAGAAGUUUUCUAACCACAGAAACAUUGCCACGUAUUAUGGAGCAUUUAUCAAGAAAAGUCCUCCAGGAAAAGAUGAUCAAUUAUGGCUGGUUAUGGAGUUCUGUGGAGCGGGUUCAGUGACAGAUCUGGUCAAAGCCACAAAAGGAAGCAGUUUAAAGGAAGAAUGGAUUGCGUAUAUUGGCAGAGAGAUGUUACGGGGUCUUGCACAUUUACACAGCAAUAAAGUAAUACACAGAGACAUCAAAGGACAAAACGUUUUACUGACUGACAAUGCUGAAGUCAAACUAGUUGAUUUUGGAGUCAGUGCCCAGUUAGAUAAAACCAUUGGCAGAAGGAACACCUUUAUAGGGACACCCUACUGGAUGGCCCCCGAGGUGAUUGCUUGUGAUGAGAACCCAGAUGCUACGUAUGACAACAGGAGUGACCUUUGGUCUCUAGGUAUAACAGCAAUAGAAAUGGCAGAGGGAAAACCACCGCUGUGUGAUAUGCAUCCCAUGAGGGCUCUCUUCCUCAUUCCCAGGAACGCUCCACCGAGAUUAAAAUCAAACAAAUGGUCCUCAAGAUUCUCAAAUUUUGUUGAGACUUGUUUACUGAAGGAUUACAUGCAUCGGCCAAAUACAGAAACAUUACUUAAACAUCCAUUCAUAAAGGACCAACCCACGGAGCGACAGGUCCGAAUUCAGCUAAAGGACCACAUAGACAGGCACCGCAAAAAGAGACCGGAUGACGAGGACAACAUGACGGAGUGGGUACCCAGUGAUGUGGAGGAGGAGGAGGAAACAAACAUGGCCGGUGAACCAAGCACGGCGAGACGUAGAGAUAGCAAGCCGGAUCCUAACAGACCAGUCUCCAUCCUCCAGAUCCCAGGGGAAUCCACACUGAAAAGAAACUUUCAGUUGAUUCAACAGCGUGAAGGUCACCCCCAGAACUCCCGCCCCGUACCCGUCCAGCAGCAAGGUCGACAGGGUCAAAGGCCAUCAAGUUCUAAACAGGGAUGGCCUGGUCCCUACCAACCUCCACAAGGUCCAGGGAGACAGCAGCAGAUAUCCAGACCACCACAGUCCAUAGUGGAGGAAGAAUCCGAGGACGUGAACCGAGACCCGGAGGCCGAGGACAAUAGUGAGUCCGGGUCAGAGGAUGAAAACUCAGAGCAAAGACCCUCAAGUAAAGCCCAAAAACCAGAGGACCUCGAUAAGUAUGCCAAACAGCUGAUAGACAUGUUUCCUGAGGAGGAGAAGGGCUCCUCAGAUGAGGAGGAGGAAGAAGUGGAAGAGGAGGUGACAAGGGACGGAACUCUUCUUGCCUCAGAACCGGCCAGACCUCUAAAAAGAACUGCUAUACCUACUGGAGGUUUUAACCAUGACACAUUAGAAACCCUGUCUUCCAUGGUCAUUCACACAGACAUUUCACCAUCACACUCCAACCAAAGCCCUGCCAACAAAGUCAGUGAGAACUCGCGUAACCGUGACAAUGAUGACGGAACCCUGGUCGUCCGAAGGAAUAAAUCAGAGAAUGUUCUUGGAGAUAAAGCACAGAGGCCCAAGCUUGGAAAGGCAAACUCCAACCCAGUGGGAAACCUAGGUCAUUCAAGUGUGCUUCCACAACCACGACACAGUGCAAGUAGCGGAGUACUUCCAGAUCUCCUUCCCCCACACACCCCACCCCAGUCACGUUCAGGCCUCACCCCCCAGAGGCCCCAGGACAAGACCACAUCAGAUGAGUAUCGUCAGGCGGUCAGUAAUACUUCUGAGGGUGGGGGAUUAAGACACCAGCCUAUGUCUUUCUCGGCCUUUGGAUUCGGUGCUUCUGAGGGUUCAACCUUAACCUCCCAGUCAUCUCGCCGUGGCUCACAGAUUAAUGUCAAUGUGGCGCCAUCACAACCCAUGACUGAAGCUCUGAGUGACACUCCAGAAAUCCGAAAAUACAAGAAAAAAUUCUCCUCAGACAUCUUGUGUGCUGCAUUAUGGGGGGUGAACUUACUCAUUGGCACAGAAAAUGGUUUAAUGCUAUUGGACAGAAGUGGUCAGGGAAAAGUUUAUACAUUGAUCUCACGUCGGAGGUUCCAGCAGAUGGAAGUGUUGGAGGGACAGAACAUUCUGGUCACGAUCUCCGGCAAGAAAAAUAAAAUACGAGUCUACUACCUGUCAUGGCUGAACAAUAAAAUCUUCAAAAAGGAAGCAAAUGAUAGAAGAAAUGGCUGGGUAAAUGUUGGAGAACUGGAGGGAUGUGUCCAUUUCAAAAUAGUGAAGUAUGAGAAGAUCAAGUUCCUUGUGAUAGCCCUACAGGAGAGUAUAGAGAUCUAUGCCUGGGCCCCCAAACCUUACCACAAAUUCAUGGCUUUUAAGUCUUUCACUGAUCUAGUCCACAAACCAUUGAUUGUUGACCUUACAGUAGAAGAAGGUCAAAGGUUAAAGGUUCUUUAUGGUUCCCGUAGUGGUUUCCAUGGCAUUGAUGUGGAUGAAAUGCUGGCGUAUGACCUGUACAUUCCCACACAUUUUCGCAGUCACCCCCAGUCCCCGCCCCAAUCAGGUAUUUCCUCAUUUUACGCCCACCAGACUCAAGGCCCCAUCCUGCCGCACACUAUCGUUAUUUUACCCGACACCAAUGGAAUGGAGCUCCUCUGCUGUUACGAUAAUGAGGGAGUUUAUGUGAACUCCAGCGGCAGAGUUACUAAGAAUGUCAUUGUACAAUGGGGAGAAAUGCCCACAUCUGUUGCCUACAUCAGCACUGGUCAGCUGAUGGGGUGGGGAAACAAAGCCAUCGAGAUACGAGCAGCCGAGACUGGACACCUGGAUGGAGUGUUUAUGCACAAGAAAGCUCAGAAACUCAAGUUCCUGUGUGAGAGAAAUGAUAAAGUCUUUUUUUCAUCAAUGAGGUCGGGCUCAAGCUGCCAGAUUUAUUUCAUGACUCUGAACAAACCAGGACUGGCCAACUGGUGAAACUGUUACCAUGGAGAUAUUUAAAUUUCUCAGGGUAUCGAGAAAUACACCAAUGGGAAAGGAGCUAGGGUUACCAUGGCAACAUAAAUAUGUUAUGAGUAACAGUUACACAAUUGUAAUUAUGGACUAUUAGGAAAUUUGGAAAUUGAAGAGGCUAUGUCUAGAUCUGAUAUGUGCAGCUAAUUCACUGCACGUUGUCUUUCUUUCGAAUGUGUUUUUUCGAUUUUCUUUUCGUUUCAUUCCAGAAACAAAGACAAAUUACCUUAAGUCUCUCAUGUAAAAUGUGUUUAAUAUUUUAAGAAGUAUAAUACUCAAACAAGUGCUAAAUUAUUCCUAUCUCCAACAGAUAUAUACUUACUUUUGUAAAUACCUAUAAUGAACAAUGCACAGUCUGAAUUCUUUAGCAGUAUGUAGCUUACCUGAGCCAGGGACUUAAUAUGGACUCAUCUGACCUAAGUUUAUUCUCAUCUAUUUUAAAUCUGAUAUGAUUUUUAAUACUGAAAGAUGGUUAUUUUUCUAAUCAAAUUUUUCAAAAUAUAUAGAUGGAAACCAUGAUUUUGGGUUUUCCAAUCUUUCUUCCUCAUCUACAGAGGAACUGUCUCAAGACAAUUAGAACAUAUUGAAUGUGUACCUCAAGUGACCAUAAAAAAAGUUUCAUGACAUUUAUGAAUGGUGAAAUUGUCUGUCAAUCCUAAAUGGCUGAGCUGUUUUUUUCAGCCAGUUUUCUUAAAUGUACGUUAGUUUUGUGUCCACUAGCCAUUUGAUUUAGUAUCCCAGACUAAAUUAAAAAAAAAAAAAAGGUCCCUUUAAGCAUGAGAAACAAUGGAAAGAAAACUUUUAUGUCUGGUUUUUAAGUCAAACAUUUCAUUCUAGUCAAUGAUUUUAAAAACAAAGAUGUGGUGAUUUAAAUGUCAGAUGAAUGAUUUUUACUUUUUUUUAUUUUGAAGAAUCACUACCAUUCUGUGAUACUGUGGGCUGUAUAGAAAAUGUAAAUAUUGUGUAGAAAGAAAUCAUGUUACAAGAAACAUGUAGAUUGUCUUUAAAUGUGACAAUAUUUAUUUUGUUUGUGGAAUUUUAUUUUUCAUUUGAAAAAAGUUAAUCGAAUGAAAUCCAAAGUUAUUACAUGUUAAUAGAAUAAAAUAUGUCAGAAUUAAGUAUCCCAGACAGUUUUUUUCAAAGCCUAUGAAUUUAAGAAAAUUGAAUUAUCAAUCUGUUUAAUUUAUUGAUAAGAUAUAGAUUAACACUAAAAAAAAACACAGAUAAAAAUUGCACAAUAAGUCUCAUGUGAAAUUACUUAUUUUAGGGUUUUGGAGAGAAUAUAAAAAAAAAUGUGUUCAUUUUAGCAUUUACAUUGAAAACUCAUCCCAAACAUCCAAACUUAGCAUCAAUUGUAUCUGUAAGAGGGGAAAUCUGACAUUUUGUUUUUCAUUUUUGUGUCAAUGACAGUUGCCUAGCAACUCCAUAGAUUACUACUAGUAAUUCUGUAAAUCGUGUAUGCCUUGUAUCCGUUUUGGAUUUGUGUCGGGAGUGCGAUCAGUAUUAAGUGUCUCAGUGAGAUUGUAUAUUCAUUUGUCAAGCUUAGAAACAAAAGUGCAAUUUUGAUACUGAUAAUAAAUGCAUCUGCAAUUUCAA